CCUCUUCCGUCCUUCCUUCUCCGUGGAAGCGGUAGAAGGGUUUUGCUCCCCAAGCAGCAGUGUACACUGAGCUGGCGCGGGAAUGAGGGGUGGACUGAGCAGGCAUUCGCUCUCCUCCUCCCGCCGCCGGGUGGCCGCUGGCAGAGCAGUGCAUUGUGGAGGCGGAGCGCGCCGCGGCGGGAGCCGCGGCCCCGGGAUCGCGCUGCUGGGAGCUGUCCGAGGUGCUGACUGUCCCGACCUACAGCUGGCGCGCCCCCAGCGCGCCUACCUGCACCGGACCCCAAGUCCUGGCCUUCUGCCCACCCUUCGUCCGUCCGUCCGUCUGUCUGUCUCUCCUACCUUGGGGCGCAGCGGCUGGAGAAAAUCAUGGUGUUCGCUCCAGGUGAGAAGCCUGGAAGCGAGCCUGAGGAGGCGAAGCUGCAGAGCGCCAGCAGACAGAUCGUGCAGAAUGCCAUCCUGCAGGCUGUGCACCAGGUGUCCCGGGAGGCUCGGCGGAGGGAGGCCAGGACCAGUGACGGCCGGGGCAGCCGCCAGCCGGGCGUGGGGGAGUUAACCAAGAAGCACGAAAAGAAGUAGCACGGUGGACCUGGCCCUUGUCACACGCUUGGUUUCCAGCCUUCCUCUUAGUAUAGGACACGUCACCAAAACGUUGCCAGUAAAGCAAACCAGUGUCACCUGCACCCAGUAGUAGAGUGAAUUUGCACUAGCCCCUGGCUGGGAGGCCCUGCUGUGAAAAAGUGCGUGAGAUGGUUCUGUUUGUAUGAGUGCAGCGCCUCUGAAACGUAGUGGGGCCAGACACCACACUGUAAUUGCAAAAGUAGUUUUGCAGCACAUUCAUUUUUAAAGUUCUUUUUUUAAAAGAGAAUGAUUCUGUCUGCUUGAUUUAUGUUUGCCUUUUAUGCAUUUUUUUCUGUGAAUUUAACCCGCAGUCUUUUUUGCUGAUACUGAGUGCUGCAUUGUGAUCCUCAUAAUAUUUUAAAAAGAUGUGCUGGAAAGGUAAGGGAAUGGAGUUUCAAUCCUCCUCAAAUAUAGGAUUGAAGGCUGUAAUAAAGUGGGUUCAGGUCCAAGGUCAAAAUCAGCAAAGGCAAAUUCUAAGACCUAGUCCCUCAGAAUCGUACCAAAGCAUGUGUUCCUGUUACUUUUAAAGAAGAAGGAGUUUAGCUUUUCGAGAACGCAGUCUCAAUUCUCUUAACUGUCUGAUAGCUGGUAUUUACUCUCUGUGCAGAAAUCCUUUGGAAAUAUUGUGGAGUUCUUUUUCCAUCUCAAGAUGAAAAUAAGACGGACGAAUCUGUAUGCAUGAGUUGCCAGUGUUAGGAGCCCCACGAAGAACACCUAGAAGUGUGGACUGCAUCCUGGAGACAGACUUGGGUAUGAUCUGGGGGUGCACUGUCCUUGUGGGGAGCUCUAGGGCCUUGUGAAUUGCCACGUUGCCACCAAGCUAUGCAUUUGCACUAGCACCUCGACAGAAGGAACUUCUCUUUCCCCAUCCACAAAUUCCAUGUUUUUGAAAUUGUGAAAAUAAUACACAUCAGGAAUGAAUGACACUUAAAAUGGAAGAAUCAUUUUCUCCCGUCCCUGAAACAUGAAAACAAAGCGGCCGUGAUGUGAAUGCAGCUCUGGAAACGUGUGUGCCAGUGGAUGAAGCCAUCUCUGCUGCAGCAGAGUGACCCGCCCCGCCCGCGUGUGGGUGACGCACCGCCCUCUGUUGUCCUUAGAGUCCCGUUUCCAGGGCUUCACAACAGUUUGAGUUGGUGCUACUGGGGACAGAGGAAGAAUUUGACCUUUGUUAGAAACCGUUUGGCUUCAGCAUAUCAAGGUCUACAUUUGAUGGUUUUCUUAAAAGCAAAGUAUCAGCAUAUGGAAUGUGACUGAUAUUAAGAUAGAUUUCUAAAAUUCCAAUAUGUUACACUUUCCAGAGUGGAUUGAUGGAUGGAUGAAAACAGUCCCCUAUCAGCUCUAUUAGACUGUCUGACACGACACACAGGUGGAGUGAGUUCACAGGGAGAAUGUCUGUGGGAGGGAGCAGAGGGGUUCAUAUUUAAAUAUGAUUUACUCAUACUUGUAGUAGUACUCAUGACAAUGGAAAAAUGAGUUUGAGUUGACCUGAAGUCAUCAUUGAUGUGCUGUGAGUGUACACUACAGGGAAUAGGAGUGAAGUAUCAAGGGAGAGCAUUCAGGGGUAUCCACAAAUAAAAUAACUCAAUGCUUGUGGUUUGCAAGGGGUCUGGCUCCCUGUCUGCCGAGAUGUCUGGGUAUAAGCAGCCUUGGAGCUAGCUGUUACGCAGCAGAGACACGUAAGCACAUUCGCUUUCCUUUCUGGUGUGUCUGUGCCAAUACCUUGGGGAUCUUUGAGAAUAUCUGAUUAACCUCUGUAUCUAAAUGUUGUUUAUAAAUAAAAUAUAUCCAGCUUCGAAA